UCAACUCGGUUUUUUCUUGUUCGCCAUGGAAGCUUGGAAAGAAGAAGACGAAGAAAAAAAUUGCUUUCCAAUCAUGAGGAGGAGGAAGCGCUGGUCAUUGAAUUGGGAGAGCUUGACGUACCCCGGCAGAAAGAAGAAAGCGGCAGUCCCGAGCCCGAGCCAGCUCUCAUCGAGGGGUGGCCGAGCCUCCACGACGUGGAGGCGAUCCUGCAGUACACGUUCAAUGACAAGAGGCUGCUGGAGGAAGCCCUCACCCACCAUUCCUUUGCCGACAAGUCGUUCUGCUACGAGAGGCUGGAGUACAUUGGCGACUCGGUGCUUAACCUGCUGUUUGCCAAGGAGCAGUACUUCCAAUACCCGGGCAUGCGAUCGGGUUUGCUGACCAGGCUCCGGGCCGCCAACGUCGACGAGAAACUCGCCCGUGUGGCGGUCCAGCACGGGCUGCACCGCUACCUCCGUCAUAGGAAGCCCGUUUUUGAGGAACAGAUUGCAGAAUUCAAAAGGGCUAUUCUAGAUUAUCCAUUGCAUUCGAGCGGUCUGAUUGAUGUGCCCAAGGCCCUAGCCGAUAUUGUUGAGUCGACCAUCGGUGCCGUCUUCAUUGAUUGCAAUUUCUCGUUGGACAUCGUGUGGAAGGUAUUUCAAAGGUUGUUGGAGCCAAUAAUUAGUCAUUCAGCCCUUAAAUUGCAUCCGGUCACCGAGCUAUAUGAGCUAUGCCAGAAGAAGAGUUUGAAGUUGAGAUUUGGAGAUCUAUGGAAUGAAAGCUCGAGUUUCAUUGUGUUUGUGAACGAUCGGCUUGUGGGAAAAGCCACGUACAAGCCCAAGAAGGACAUUGCACUAAAUAGAGCCGCCAAAGAUGCUUUAGAGAACAUUGGAAGUUUAUUUGGCAAGGAAGAGAGUACCUAUGAAGAUGAUCGUGGUUUGAAAAAACUAGAAAAAGACAAUGAAUUACAAUGAUCAAAAUAAUUGUUGAUAAAUGUCAUUUCAUUUCUCCUCGCUACCAUAAAAUAGGUAAAAGGAAAAUGGCCAAGAUUGUUCAUAUUAACAUAAACUACCGUCUCAAAUAUUGUUUAGCUCGAUGUGCUAGGGACGGUGAACAAACCGUUGCCUGUUGUCUCCUAUAAGCAAGCCCCUACUAGUAUAUAGAAAUUGUUUUCAAUUAGCUGAA